AUGGCCAAACGUAGCCACCAUGCUGAGCCAACAGAGCUGCGGCCAACAAAAAAGUCCAAGUCCGACGACAAGCACUCGGCAUCCAAGGACAAAAAGAAAAGAAGGAACAAGAAGAGUAGCUCAGACAAGGAGAAUGCCAGCUCAUUGAUUGAGCAGACCGGAUAUUCGCAGGUUUCGGGGCUCACCGAUCUUGCGCAAUCCCAGAUCGAUCAGUUCCUCGAGGAGAAUACCAUUAAGAUCACCGAUUCUUCCGCCGACGCCGUGCAGCUUCGACCGAUUAUUUCAUUCGAUUAUCUACCGCCCUGCAAUGAGGAUCUAUAUGCUCCUUUGAAGUCAUUCCCCGCCCCGACGCCGAUCCAAGCCGCCACCUGGCCGCUUCUCUUCGCCGGUCGUGAUGUGAUCGGUAUUGCAGAGACUGGCAGCGGCAAGACCUUAGGUUUUGGCUUGCCAUGCCUCAAGAAAUUGUUGGAUUCCAAGCGGAACAAGAAGCCUUGCCACCCCGCUGCAGUGAUCAUCUCGCCCACCCGCGAGCUGGCGAUGCAAAUCUAUGACCAACUCGCUAAGUUUGCCGAUGCGGCCAAGGCUGGCGUGGUAUGUAUAUAUGGAGGCGUGAGGAAGGAUGAGCAACGCGAGGCGCUCAAGACGGCCGCAAUUGUGGUGGCGACCCCUGGUCGUUUGAAGGAUCUCCAGAAUGACGAAUCUGUCAACCUUGGGAAGGUCAAAUACCUGGUUUUGGACGAGGCUGAUCGCAUGCUGGACAAGGGGUUUGAGCAAGAUAUCAAGGAUAUCAUUCAGCCCAUGCCGGUCUCCAGCAGACAAACAGUCAUGUUCACGGCGACAUGGCCCCCAUCGGUCCGGGAGCUGGCUGCCACUUUCAUGAGCUCGCCGGUGACGGUGACCAUUGGCGGAGAUCCUUCUGCGGAUCCCCGAGCCAAUACUAGGAUCAAGCAAGAGGUUGAGGUUGUGGAUCCGCGGGAUAAAGAAGGACGGCUCAUCCAGCUACUCAAUCGGUCUCAAAGAGCCCAGAAUCCCGACAAAGUCCUGGUCUUCUGUCUAUACAAAAAGGAGGCGAUGCGGGUCGAAAGACUCAUCAAGACGAAAGGCUUCAGGGUCGCCGGAAUUCACGGUGAUCUGAACCAAGCAGAUCGAUUCCGGAAUCUGGAGGCCUUCAAGACGGGCAGUGCCACCGUGCUGGUCGCAACUGACGUGGCGGCCCGAGGCCUGGACAUCCCUGCGGUGAAAUUGGUGAUCAAUGUCACCUUUCCCUUGACGGUGGAGGACUACGUGCAUCGCAUCGGACGAACCGGGCGAGCUGGAGCGGAGGGUCAUGCCAUUACUCUAUUCACCGAGCAAGACAAGGGACUUUCUGGCGGUCUCAUCAAUGUCCUCAAGGCUGCGAAACAGGAUGUGCCAGAGUCCUUGUUGAAGUUUGGCACCACAGUCAAGAAGAAGCAGCAUGACGCAUACGGGGCAUUCUUCAAAGACAUUGGCACAGACAAGAAGGCGACAAAGAUUACGUUUGAUGACUGA